UAAGACGGCACGCAGUUAUGGUGCACGAGAGUCGGGACGGAACGGAGUUGGCUCUUUUUCGGCAGAUAUUUCGCGAUUCGCUGACGUGGCAACAUCUACGAGCUUCCCGCAAAACUAUACGGAUCCCAAUUGGCACUCUCAAAUCGAGUGUAUAAAAAGCUUUAUAUCCGGACCUGAUUAGUGAAAAAAAAAGCCGAAAGCGAGCCAAAACAAAAAAAAUUAAAGCAGAACAAAAAAGUUUCUAAAUUUCCAAGCUUUUUGCUUAGUCAAGAAGCCUCUCCUCCGAGAACUCUCGCCGAUGAAACAACGAGCUCACUGGAAAGUCUAAAACUUUUGGCUUCCCCGUUCGCGUUCUACUUUCUCUGGUAACUCUCGUGUACUUGUUACUGGGUUUUCUGCUUUUCUCGUGACUUUUCAUAUUUCUACCCUGAAAAUUCAGUGUUGGGUUUGUUUGAUUCACUGUGUUGCGAGUUAAACUGAGUAGAAUCUACCAAAACUUGAUUUUGAGGACUGCGACACGCAAAUUCCAUUGAAUUUGAUAAAAGUUUGUACCCUUGAAUUUGCAUUUGGUAGGUUAGACUUCAGGAGCAAUGUUUGGAAAUGUGGAAGGCUAUGGAGAUAUGUUUCAAGACAGUAUUUUUCAGACAAGAAGCGGUUCACUUUCUUCAACAAAUCAAAUUGGAAACCGUGUUGCGUACAAGCUUGUGCGGGUUGCAGGAGAUGGGACUCUAGUUCCUGCAACUGAUGAAGAAAUGUUGAAGGUCAAGGAUUUGCUUGAGAACAACGAGCAUGUUAACGAGCCUGAUAUGCCUGUUUUACCAGAGCCUAUACAAACUGAGAAGUACAUUCCCGAUGAAGGUUCACCUUCUCAGUUUCUGCAGCUAGAAAACUUUGAAGGCUUAUUUCAGUCGGAAACUGCAGAAGCAUAUACAGAAAAUAUGAAUUCUCGACAUGAGUCCAAAGAGGAAUUGAUGUAUGGAACUCAGAUGCUUUUUGCUCUUCCGGAUACCAAAUUUCAAAUUUCUAAUGAGCUGCCUGGGAAUGUGGAGCAAGUCCAAUCCGAAGUUUUGCUGUCGGAACCAAUUAUUUUUUCAUCAAAUCGAUGCAGUAUGAAUCAAUCUACGGAUGACUUAUAUGCUACGGGUAGUCGUAACGAACCUAAAGAAGCUGCAUUGUCAACUGCUGCCUCGAAACCUGAAGUUUCUAGAGUAGCAGGCGAGAUAUGCUUGGAUAAUCUUUCAAUUAGAGCAUUACAAGAAACAUUCAGGGCCACGUUUGGUCGCGAAACUACUUGCAAGGACAAUCGAUGGCUCAAAAGGAGAAUCACAAUGGGACUGAUUAAUUCAUGUGUAGUUCCAACAACUACCCUGACAAUUAAUGAUAACAAACUGAUUGGUGGAGAUCAAGAUGCAAUUGAUGCUUUUAGCAAGGAUACAUUAGAUGAAGAAAGAGCUAUUGAAAGCAAAGAUACACCAUCUAGUCCUGACUGCAUAAAGGGGCAUUUAGAUGAUUUUGGGCAUACUUCUGUUGAAACUUUUGUGGACUAUUAUUCUGGAAACGAAGAUUUUGAUGGUGAACAUAGGUCUGCAAAGAGAGUUAGGAAGCCUACAAGGAGAUAUAUUGUAGAAACUUCAGAAACCGGUGAAAGACAACAAAGUGACGAGUCAAUGAUCCCAUCAAAAGAUCAGAGCUCUAUUCAAGCCGUUUCUUCAGGAGGGGGAGUUGUUGUCACCAGGAUGGUAUCCCUAGCUGGUUCAAGAAUUCAGGUUCCCUAUGUUUCUCAUGUAAGAAGAAGCCGUCCAAGAGAAAACAUAAUGGCUCUCGGGGAAUUUCAUUCCAAGUCAUGGGAGGUGAAAGCUACUCCAGAAAAGGGUAACCUGAAUCUAAGCCCAUCUCAGUUGAACAAUGAUGUGAACCGAGUUCCAGCUGUCAACUCUGCGCCUAGACUCGUCCAGAAAGAAAGCGACAAGGACCAUUUAAAACCAAUUUUCACUGAGGUGGAUCAAGACAUGAUGGAGCCAGAGCUCUUAGACUCAUCUGGAGAUAGCUCAGAUGAUAACUGCGUUGAUGUACCAAUCACGCAAAGUGAAAUUAGAAGGAAGCUUCAUCGAGCUUGGACUGUCUCUGAAGUUGAAAAACUAGUCGAAGGUGUGUCCAAAUAUGGAGUAGGGAAAUGGUCUGAUAUCAAAAGGCUUUCAUUUUCACCAUACACACAUCGUACCUCUGUGGAUCUCAAGGACAAAUGGCGAAAUUUACAAAAAGCAAGUUCUUCAAACAGGAUGGGAGGAGGUCUGAAGAAACACGGUUCGAUGGCCAUUCCUAGUCACAUUAUGUUGCAGGUAAGAGAGCUUGCUCAGAAACAAUCACCAAUUUCACCUGUAGAAAGCAAGGCUAGAGUGGUGAAGAGAUCAAGAUCAAGAAACGGUUUCUUGUAGCGUUUCUUUUUCUCGUAUAAAUUUACUGCCGUGGAUGUGAGACUUUUGUAGUUUUUAAGGUAGCUUUUGUGAUUUAAACAGAAUCACUAACUCACUGGUGUUUGGAAUUCUCAAUUGAUGGUAUGAAGUAUGAACGCUUCUCUCUA